CGUCCAAAUACCACCAUGAUGCAAUCCCACGCUCCCGGCAAGCUGCCGCUGCUGCUUCUUGUUCUAGCGUCAAUCCUGCCGUGGCUCGGCGCCGCCGCCAAGCCGCUGGACGCGAGCUGCGCGCCGGCGUCGUGCGGCUCGCUGGCGAUCAGGUACCCGUUCUGGCUGCGGGGCACGCACGCGCCGGAGUGCGGGUACCCGACGUUCGGCGUGACGUGCGACGACCCCACGGGCGCCACGCCGCCGAGCCUGAACGAGUCCUACCUCCGCGUGCUCGACAUCCGCUACGCCGCCCGCUCCGUCAUCGCCUUCCACGCCAACCUCGUCGAUGGCAACGCCUGCCUCCCCACGCGCUUCAACGUGUCGGCAACCUUCGCGCUGUCCCUGCUCGCCGUCAGCGGCGCCAACUCGCAGCUCUUCUUCUCCUCCGCCGACGGCGGCAACAACUGCUCGCGGCCGCCCGGCGCGCUCGAGCUCAACUGCUCCGGCUCUUCUUCCAACGCGUAUUGGUUCGUGUACACGGGACGGACGGACGGAGGCAGAGCUGAUUCGAUGCCGGUGCCGGGGUGCCGGUUCUCGGUGGUGCCGGUGAUGCCGGGCUCGGAGCUGAGGAGCUGGGAGGACUACAAGGCGACGGUGAGGCGUGGGUUCUUGCUGGACUGGACGGUGCCGGGGGACUGCGCGGCGUGCAACGCCAGCGGCGGAGGAUGCCGCUACGAGGCCGGCGCCAACGCGUUCGGGUGCCUCUGCCCCAGCGACGGCCGAAUGCACCCGGCGACCUGCGUUGUCCACAUAUACGGCACGCAUGAGAUGACCAGCCCCCAGCAAUCCAUUACUGAUCACCGGCAACAUAAGCAUCGCAAAUUCGCAAUCAGGCAUUUAGAACCACAGAAGCUGAGGAGCUUCGUUUUCCCCUCAAUCUCGAUCCCUCAAAAGUCAAAGGCAGCGCACUUUCCCACUCCUGUUGAUAAAGAAAGUCAACAAAUACCAGUCAAACAAACCAACCAUACCAUUGGCAUUUCCCUUUCUCCCUUCCUCCUCCUCUCCAUUCAGUCCUGGUUUCUCUCUUCUCUAGCUAGCUACAUCCUUCCUCCCACGAGUCCAUGACUCCAUUGUUUCCCAUUGACUAGCUAUAG